CUUCCCUCGGGGCAACCGCGAAUCUCCUGCUGUCUUCUCCUCGUUCGCUUCGAUCGGGUCCUUCUCUCUGCCCGUCUUCCGCUCCAGGAUUUAAAGAUGCUUGAAGUUUGAUUUGGUCUUUUACGCUGGAGGAGAAUGGUGCUCGUUCUAGCCAUUGGUGAUCUCCACAUCCCUCACCGGGCGCCCGAUUUGCCUGCCAAAUUUAAGUCCAUGCUUGUGCCUGGGAAAAUUCAGCACAUCUUGUGUACUGGAAAUCUUUGCAUUAAGGAAGUUCAUGAUUACUUGAAAAGCUUAAGUCCUGACCUGCAUAUUACUCGAGGUGAAUAUGAUGAAGAUGUUCGUUAUCCAGAAAACAAGACUCUUAUGAUUGGUCAGUUCAAGCUUGGGCUUUGUCAUGGUCAUCAGAUCGUCCCGUGGGGUGACUUGGACUCGUUAGCCAUGCUUCAGAGACAACUGGAUGUAGAUAUCCUUGUGACUGGACACACUCAUCAGUUCAAGGCCUACAAGCAUGAGGGAGGUGUCGUCAUAAACCCUGGCUCAGCAACUGGUGCAUAUAGCAGCAUAACUUAUGAUGUCAACCCCAGUUUCGUGCUAAUGGACAUUGAUGGCCUUCGUGUUGUGGUUUAUGUUUACGAGCUUAUCGAUGGAGAGGUGAAGGUUGACAAGAUCGACUUCAAGAAGACUGCAACUACUCAAUCUGCUCACUGAUCUGAACAGUAGAUUUACUACUUCGAUACCCUGAUUUGGUUGUUUGAAUGUACUGAUAUCUAUUAUCAUCAGAUUGAGAUGAACCGUGAUACCUUAAUAUGCUUUCUAAUAAGUUGAGUUUUAACA